GGGGAUUUCUCAGGAGCCAACAGCUUUCGCACGCUGGGGGAAGUCACCUCCCGGGUCCCAGCGUUCCCUGCGCUCCCGAAGGUCCCCCGUUCCCGCUUCCCAAACUGGAUCCCAAGCCCUUGGGGGCUCCGGGGAGGGGGCGGGGCACGGGGCAGCCCAGCGCCGACGCACGCGCGCGAGUCUCAAGGCGUCCCGCCCCCUCCCGGGGGAAGGCGGCGGUGUAGGGGGCCUACGUCAGCUAGGGGAAAUUCCCCUCCCGCCGGGCAGCCUGCCUCUCGGGCCGGCCAGAGCUGGGCUGCCGCUGCUGCUGCUGCUGCUGCGCUCCGCCCCCUGCCCCUGGCUCCCGCAGCCUGGACUGGCGACGCCGGGUGACCCGAGCGCGAGAAUUAAGCGGGUGGGAAGGUGUGAGCCGCAAACCCAGAGGAGGGCGGGAAGGAGGAGGAGGUCCCGGGGGUGGUCAAGGGGAUUGGGGAUCCCGCUGGCAGAGGUCCCUCGGCCGCCGGACUGACUGACUGCGGCGGCCUCCGGUUCGGACGCUCGGAGCAGGGCGGCGCGGUGAGCAGAGCCAUGGCCUCGGGUGGGUAUAACCCAUAUAUAGAGAUUACGGAACAACCCAGACAGAGGGGAAUGCGUUUUAGAUACAAAUGUGAAGGGCGAUCAGCAGGCAGCAUUCCAGGGGAGCACAGCACAGACAGCAGCCGAACAUACCCGUCUAUCCAGAUUAAGAACUAUUUUGGAAAAGGAAAAGUGAGAAUUACAUUAGUAACAAAGAAUGACCCAUAUAAACCACAUCCUCAUGAUUUAGUAGGAAAAGACUGCAGAGAUGGCUACUAUGAAGCAGAAUUUGGACAAGAACGCAGACCUUUGUGUUUUCAAAAUUUGGGUAUUCGAUGUGUAAAAAAAAAAGAAGUAAAAGAAGCUAUUAUUUCAAGAAUACGGGCAGGAAUCAAUCCUUUCAAUGUUCCUGAACAACAGCUGCUUGAUAUUGAAGACUGUGACCUCAAUGUGGUGAGAUUAUGUUUUCAAGUUUUCCUCCCUGAUGAACAUGGUAAUUUGACAAGUGCUCUACCUCCUGUUGUCUCUAAUCCAAUUUAUGAUAACCGUGCUCCAAAUACUGCGGAAUUAAGGAUUUGUCGUGUAAAUAAGAACUGUGGAAGUGUCAGAGGAGGAGAUGAAAUAUUUCUACUCUGUGACAAAGUACAGAAAGAUGACAUAGAAGUUCGGUUUGUGUUGAAUGAUUGGGAGGCAAAAGGUAUCUUUUCACAAGCCGAUGUACACCGCCAAGUAGCCAUCGUUUUCAAGACUCCACCAUAUUGCAAAGCUAUAAUAGAACCAGUAACAGUAAAAAUGCAGUUACGGAGACCUUCUGACCAGGAAGUUAGUGAAUCUAUGGAUUUUAGAUAUCUGCCAGAUGAAAAAGAUACAUAUGGCAAUAAAGCAAAGAAACAAAAAACAACUCUACUUUUCCAGAAACUGUGGCAGGAUUGUGGAGUUAAUUUUCCUGAAAGACCUAGACCUAAUCCCCUAGGAACAAUGGGAGAAGGAAGAUUCAUCAAAAAAGAAUCAAACUUGUUUUCUCAUGGUGCAGUUUUGACAGAAACAUCCAGGCCAGUUUCAAGUCAAGCAGAAUCCUACUAUUCCUCAUCCAUCUCAAGUGCAUUGUCACAUCCUGCUUCAACCAUACCCACAAUGGUACCUCAGCCUUCUUCAAGCUGGUCAUCAGUGGCCCGCCCCACCUCACGCUCAGUCAAUACAAAUUCACUGAGUGGUUUCUCACCAGGGACCCUUUCCUCUAAUUCACAUGUUAUCACGCCAUUCCUGGAAAUGCCUGUUAUGAAUGAUCUGAAUACUUCUAAUGCUUGCAUUUAUAAUAAUACAAAUGACAUAGGCAGAAUGGAAGCAUCGUCUGUGUCACCAGCUGACUUAUAUGGUAUUUCUGAUGCCAGCAUGCUGCCUCAUUGUCCUGUGAACAUGAUAACGCCCAGUAACGACAGCAUGAGGGAGACUGAUAAUCCGAGACUUGUGAGCGUGAAUCUUGAAAACCCUUCCUGUAAUUCAGUGUUAGACCCAAGAGACUUGAGACAGCUCCAUCAGAUGUCGUCUUCCAGUAUGUCAACAGUCACCAGCUCCAGUACUACUGCUUUUGUUUCCCAGUCAGAGGCAUUUGAGGGAUCUGACUUUAAUUGUGCAGAUAACAGUAUGAUAAACGAGUCAGGACCAUCAAACAGUACUAAUCCAAACAGUCAUGGUUUUGUUCAAAAUAGUCAGUAUUCAGGUAUUGGCACUACGCAGAAUGAACAAUUGAGUGACUCAUUUGCAUUUGAGUUUUUUUAGGUUAACUUGUAAGAUUUAAAUGGUGAAUUAAUUAAAUCUCUUGGAGUUCCCAUUGUGGCUCAGUGAAAAUGAACCUGACCAGUGUCCAUGAUGAUGCAGGUUCAAUCCCAGGCCUUGCUCAGUGGGUUAAGGAUUUGGUAUUGCCACAAGCUUCCAUGUAGGUUGCAGACGUGGUUUGGAUCUCACUUUGCUGGGGCAUGGGCUGGCAGCUUGAGCGCCAGUUCGACCCCUAGCCUGGGAACUUCCAUAUGCCGUGGGUGCGGCCAUAAAAAUUUUAAAAAUAAAAAACAAAAUAAAGGAAACUUCUAAAAAAAGAAUUCAAUCUCUUUAAAGGUUGUCACCAUUUUGAUUUUAUCUAUGUAGAUGCAAAAUUUUAUAUUUCUCUGACUACAACUGUGACACAAGGGAGUUUUUUGGUUAUGUUUUAGGGAUGAUAGUUCAAAAACAUAUUUAUCAGAGGGAAUAGUAUCUUGAACAACACAUGUUUGAACUGUGUGGUCCAUUGUGCAGUACACAGAUUUUUUUUUUACUGUUCAAGUACUGCAGUACUACACGAUUUGAGACGGGCUGAAUUCAUGGAUGCAGAAUUGCAGAGACAGGAGGCCAUCUGUAGAGUUUUAAAGUUAAACAUGGAUUUUCCACUGUACAGAGGCUCAGUGCCCCAACCCCUGUGUUGUUCAAGGGUCAACUGUAAUUAUAACUUUAGGUAUGUAGAGGAUGGAUUGCUCUAACAGGCAGUCUUGGCUUGGGAGCUUCUUGUUUUGCUGGCAGAGAAUUUGUCGAGAUAAAAUGAAAGAUGAAUUCUCAGUGCUUGAAGCUGCAGCUUAAAAAGGGAGAUGAACUCAUUUCCCACUUUCAGGAAGAGCUAGAAAAAUUUGUCCAGCAUUUACAGAAGACUUUUGCUUCAAAAGUAGAUAAAUCCACACAGACCGAACUCCUAGGCUGUGAUGCAUUGUGGAAUCCUACAUACAAUUAAACUGGGAAUUUCCUGGUGGCCUAGUGGUUAAGGACUCAGCAUUGUCACUGCUAUGGCUCGGGUUCCGUCUCUGGCCUGGGAACUUCCGUGUGCUAUGAGUAUGGCCAAAAAACCCCCCCUUUAAACCUGUAUAUACUCUUGGUAUGCAGAAUACAAAGUUGGAAACAGUCACAAAAGGAAAAUUUUCCAAAAUAGAAAUUUAAAAGGGCUUUACUAUUUCUUCUUUUAUUAUUUUUUUUUUUUUUCCUUUUGAAGACAUGUGAUCUCAUUCUGUGUGUGGUGGGAAUUGUCUUGAGAGUCCUGUCACUUUUUCGCAAGACAGACUGAGAACAUUAUAGCAAGGCUAUAAUGUUUUUCCAGGUACACUUUUUUGGUUUUUUAAUUUUAAUUUUUAUUUAUUUUUGGGGAGGUUUUUUUGUUUGUUUGUUUGUUUUUUGCUUUUUAGGGCAUAUGGAAGUUCCCAUGCUAGGGGUUGAAUCAAAGCUGCAGCUGCUGGCCUAUACCACAGGCACAGCAAUGCAGGAUCCUUAACCCACUAAGCAAGGCGAGGGAUCAAACCUGUGUCCCCAUGGAUACUAGUCAGAUUAGUUACCACUGAGCCAUUAUGGGAACUCCCCUGAGCACUCUUUUAUACUUCUUUUAUGAUGUAUUAAUAUAUUCUUAGUUAAGUGAACUAAUUCAUAUUUGCUUUUAAGCAAAUUGAAGGUAAAACCUGUAAUGGCUAUGCCAUUGGAAAAAUUAAUUCCUUAUUAUUUUUGAGGCCCAUGGGCCAAGGUGACCCCUAAGGGGUUUUCUGAGGCUUCUUGGAGUUUCCUAGAUUUACAUGUAAAUAAAAAUUUCUUUAAAAUGCCAAAUUGAGAGGGAACAUACCUUGAUAUAAUAAAAGCCAUUUAUGACAAAUCCACAGCAAAUACUCAAUGGAGAAAAGCUGAAAGCCUUUUUCCACUAAAAUCUGAAACAAGGAUGCCCACUCUCACCACUUUAUUCAACAUAGUAUUGGAAGUCCUGGUCACAACAACCAGACAAACAAAAGAAAUAAAAGAUAUCCAAAUUGGAAGAGGAGAAGUAAAAUUAUCACUGUAUGCAGAUGACGUGAUACUACAUAUAGAAAACCCUAAGGACUCCACACAAAAACUGCUUGAACUGAUCAACAAAUUCAGCAAAGUAGCACAAGAUUAAUAUUCAGAAAUCAGUGGCAUUUCUGUAUACUAACAAUGAAAUAUUAGAAAAGGAAUACAAAAAUACAAUAGCUUUUAAAAUCACACCCCCAAAAAUUAAAUACCUGGGAAUAAACCUGACCAAGGAGGUCAAAGACUUACAUGCUGAGAACUAUAGAACAUUAAUCAAAGAAAUUAAAGAGGAUUCAAGGAAAUGGAACGAUAUUCCAUGCUCCUGGAUUGUAAGAAUUAAUAUCAUUAAAAUGGCCAUACUACCCAAAACAAUCUACAGAUUCAAUGCAAUCCCUAUCAAAUUACCCACGACAUUUUUCGCAGAACUAGAACAAUCCAAAAAUUUAUAUGGAAUCAUAAAAGACCCAGAAUUGCCAAAGCAAUCCUGAGGAACAAAAACCAAGCAAGAGACAUAACUCUCCCAGACUUCAGGCAAUAUUACAAAGCCACAGUAAUCAGGACAGUGGUACUGGCACCAAAACAGACAGACCAAUGGAACAGAAUAGAGAUCCUAGAAGUAAAACCAGACACCUAUGGUCAAUUAAUCUUUGACAAAGGGGGCAAAAAUGUAAAAUGGGAAAAAGACUGUCUUUUCAGCAAGUGGUGCUGGGAAAACUGGACAGCUACAUGUAAAUCAAUGAAAUUGGAUCACGUCAUGCACAAAAAUAAACUCAGAAUGGCUUAAAGACUUGAACUAAGACAUCAUCAAACGCCUAGAAGAGGACAUAGGCAAAACAUUCUCUAACAUCAACCUUACAAAUGUUUUCUCAGGUCAGUCUCCCAAGGCAACAGAAAUUAAAGCAAAAAUAAACCAGUGGGACCUAAUAAAACUGACAAGCAAAGGAAACCAUUAAAAAAAAAAAAAGCAACCUGUGGAAUGGGAGAAAAUAUUUUCAAACAAUGCAGCUGACAAGGGCUUAAUCUCUAAAAUAUACAAACAAUUUAUAUAACUCAAUGGCAAAAAAAGCCAACACCCCAAUUGAAAAAUGGGAAAAACCUGAAUAGAUAUUUCUCCAAAGAAGAUAUACAGAUGGCCAAUAAGCACAUUAAAAAAUCUUCAUCAUCCCUGAUUAUUAGAGAAAUGCAAAUCAAAAUUACUAUGAGGUACCACCUCACACCAGUCAGAAUGGCUAUCGUUAAUAAGUCCACAAAUAACAUAUGCUGGAAAGGGUGUGGAGAAAAUGGAACCCUCCUGCACUGUUGGUGGAAAUGUAAAUUGGUACAACUACUAUGGAAACAUUAUGGAGGUACCUCAGAAAACUACAUACAGAACUACCACAUGACCCAGCAAUCCCACUCUUGGGCAUAGAUCCAGACAAAACUUUCCUUGAAAAAGGCACAUGCACUCAUGUUCGUUGCAGCACUAUUCACAAUAGCCAAGACAUGGAAACAACCUAAAUAUCCAUCGAUAGAUGAAUGGAUUAAGAAGAUGUAUAUAUACACACUGGAAUACUACUCAGCCAUAAAAAAGAACAAAAUAAUGCCAUUUGCAGCAAUAUGGAUGGAACUAGAGACUUUCAUACUAAGUGAAGUAAGUAAGAAACAGAAAGACAAAUACCAGGUGAUAUCACUUAUAUCUAGAAUCUAAUACAAGGCACAAAUGAACCUUUCCAAAUGAAACUCAUGGCCUUGGAGAACAGACUUAUGGUUGCCAAGGGGGAGGGGGGAGGGAGUGGGGUGGAUUGGGAAUCUGGGAUUAAUAGAUACAAACUGUUGCCUUUUAAUGGGUAAGUGAUGAGAUCCUGCUGUAUAGCACUGGGAACUAUGUCUAGUCACUUAUGAUGGAGCAUCAUGUGAAAAAAAGAAUGUAUAUAUAUAUGUGUGUGACUGGGUCACUUUGCUGUAUAGUAGAAAAUUGACAGAACACUGUAAAGCAGCUAUAAUGGAAAACAUGAAAAUCAUUAGAAAAUAAAAUGCUAAAUUGGAAGUAAGCUCUCAAGGUAUGGGAGUUCUCUACACUUUGGGCUAUAUAAAUCCCUACCUUUAAAAUUGCCUACGAUUUUAGCUUUACAUCCAUGUUUUUAAGGGGAAGAGAUUUCCUUGGACCUUUCCUCUUUCUUUUGUGUCCAAACUCACUGUGAUGUAUGUACCUCAUCCAGUUUCAUGCUGUCAGCUCCCAAAUUUUAACCUUUAGCUUAGACUCAUCCCCUGAACUCCAGAGUUGGAGCUUAUGCAUGUGUGUAAAACAGAUUAUUUGACCUCUCUACAUAGAAAUCUAGUUAAAGCUCAAACUCAACACAUCCAUAGCUGAGUUCCUGAUCUUCCCUCCCAAACUGGCUUAUUCUUCAGCCUUCCUCAACUUGAUAAAUGACAAUGGCAUGUUUCUAGUUGCUCAGGUCCAAAAUAAUGGAGCCAUCUUUGAUUUUUUUUUCUUUCACCUACCAUAUCCAGUCUAUCAGCAAAUCUGGUAAGCCCUCCCUUCAAAAUACAGCCAAAGCAGACCACCUCAUUUGACCUCUAUUAUUAACAUCCUGUUCUAAGCCACCAUCAUCUCUUGCCUUGAUUGAAGCUAUAGCCUCCAAAAACAGUCUUUACAUCCUUGUGCUCAGGUAGUUUGUUCUCCUUAAAGCAGCCAGAGUGAUUAUUUUUAAAACAACUCAUAUUCAUCUACUCAAAACCAUCCAGUGGCUCCCCAUCUCACUUAAAGACCAAAGUCCUUAAAAUUAGCAGACCACACUCCCUCUCCUACCCUCAUCCACCACCAUGUCCCUGUCUCAUUCAGCUCUGGGCACUCUGGCCUCAGUGCUCUUCUUUAGAACGACCACAUACACUCCUGCCUCGGACCCUUUGUACUUGGCGUCACCUCUGCCUUUAAUCUUUUUCUCUCAGAUGUUUGCGUAGCUCACUCAUCUGUUUUUUGAUCAAGACCUCCCUUGACUAUACAUACAUUGGCACUCUAUGCCCUCCCCCAAAUUUGUCCCUGAUCUGACUUUACUAGAUGUUUAUACAUACGUCUGCAUGUGUUUUCCUAUACUGGACUAUAACUCAAGGCAAAAUUUUGUGUUUUUGUUGAAUCCCAUGUAGAAAAGUGUCUCAUAUUAAGCUUCCAGUAAAUAUGUAUUGAAUGUUCAAAGUACUAAUAGAACUUUGGUUUUUGAAAGAAUAGCUUUAAUUAUUAGAUGCUUAUGAUUUUUAUAGUUGUUUAAUGUGACGUUGGGUUUAUUAAAUCAAAGAAUCAUGUAUAUUCAGGUUGAGGUUUAAUGAUGACCCAGAUUAUUUGAAAACAAAGUAAUCCCAGUGGCAAAAUGAUUGUAGUAUUUGGGUAGUAAUCUUAAUUGUGGUGGAACUGUCGUAAUGCUAGAUAACUUAUUAAAGAUGUAGUUUAUGUUACAACUAGAAGCUACCAUAAAUGUUGUGCAUAUUCCUAACUAGAAACAGUGUGUCAUUUCACUUGCAUAGUACCCAGACAAACCAUGAAUUUACUGAAAUGAUUAAAACUAGUCAAUUUGGUCAAAAUAAGAAAUGUGUGAAUGUCAGAAAAAGUAAAAUUCUGAGUUGAAUAAUACUGGGAAAUAAGGACAGCAGUACAAGACUUGGGGUCAGGAUAGUUUGGGAAGCAAAAGAAGAAGAUUAAAGACAUGUAAGUAUCAUUAAUAUUUCUCAGAAAUUUCAAAAUGAAAUACAUAACUUAAAAAAUCACAAGUAAACAUACUUUAGUGGAACUUACCAGGGAGAAAACAACCUGAAGUCAUAGUUUCUUUCCUGUUCAAAAUAUGAACCCAGGAUAUCUCCAGACAGUGGGUUUGGUGGAUUUUUCAAUUUUCAGGUGCUAUUUACUGAUCAUAGAUUUUAUUUUAUAAUUUUAAAAAUUGUCAGUCUGCUUCUUUUUCUCUAAAUGUAUUUACACUUUCAUCUAUUCUUAUAACACCCCCCCCUUCAGUUGUGAAAAAAAGAUUACCUCUUGCUUUCUAAACUUUAGUUACACUGGUGGAUCCCUCCUCUUCCCCACCCCCACCCCCACCCCCGUCUCUGCAUCCUCACAUCACCAGUUAGUGCUUUUCUUUGUAUAAAUAUGGUAAAUGUUUUCUCUAGCCUAAAAAACAAGGAUGAACAUCUUUCCUACCAGUCUCGUGCUCCUUCCGUUCACAUCCAGAUAUUAGGAAAUGCUUUCCGCCUCGGUUUCUUCACUUCCCAGUCAUUCUCUUUUAUCUCCUGUUUUCUUACAUCAUUCUGGGAAAAGUGACAAUCUAGUGCCUUUUUAUCAGUACUCUGCUUGACCUAUCCAUGACCUAUCCUCCUGACCACUCCCCUCCUUGCAUACUCCUGUCUGAGGCUGACUGGAAUCUUUCCAGAGUCUCAACCCCAGCACUCAGUUGGUGCUAUUGCCAUCCCCACCCCCACCCCCAGCCCCCACCGGGUGACCUCAUCUGUGCUCAGGAGAAAGCUUCAGCUUUCUCUCACAAUACCCGAAUGCCUUUACAGACUGGCUGCCCUUGUUGCAUUUUCUACUUUCAUUAAUGGCAUUACCAUUUACACUGUAACCUGAGAUAUUUAAUAGGAAUCUCAAAAUCAUAUUUUAUUCUUUCUCUCACACUCAAAGAAUUAUCAAAUCCUUUUGGGGCUGCCACCCAAAAAUCUCUUGCAUUUCUUUUCUUUUCUUUAUUCCUGCUGCUUUCUUAGUAUAGGCCUUCAUUCUUGUUCCCCAACAAGAAUCCUUUCCAUAUUUGCAGUUAAAAAUAAUACCCCAUUUUCCCAUACACUGUACUACAUAGUUAGCAUUCCUUGAAAAGAUGAUCUCAGGCCACUAGGCCUCCAUGCCUUUGCAUGUUAUCCACUCUCCUCUGCUCUCUGCAACCAUAGCAAAUAGCCUUAAAGCCUGGGCUUCUCCUGCAUGGAGUUUGAUCCUGCCUCCCUAGCUGAGGUACAGCUUUGUCCAUGCCCCCAUUGCAGAACCACCUCACUGAAUUCAACAGUUAUUUCAAGUUUCUCAUUCACCUUUGGGACUCCAUCACCUAGCACUAUCCUUGGCACAGUGGUGCUGAGUAAAUGAUAGUAUUAUUAGAGAGGGAAGGCUGAUGACAUAGGUGUGAUUAUAAAAACUGUGGACAAGGAUAUGGUUUUUAAAGGGAAAGGAGGAGUUCCCGUCAUGGCGCAGUGGUUAACGAAUCCGACUAGGAACCAUGAGGUCGCGGGUUCGGUCCCUGCCCUUGCUCAGUGGGUUAAUGAUCCGGCGUUGCCGUGAGCUGUGGUGUAGGUUGCAGACGCGGCUCGGAUCCUGUGUUGCUGUGGCUCUGGCGUAGGCCUGUGGCUACAGCUCCGAUUAGACCCCUAGCCUGGGAACCUCCAUAUGCCGUGGGAGCGGCCCAAGAAAUAGCAAAAAGACAAAAAAAAUAAAAAAUAAAAAAAUAAAGGGAAAGGAACUUAACCUGGCAGAAAAAGAAGUGGAUGCCAAGAUUACCAAGCUUAUGAAAUACUUUACCCUCUGCUUCCUGUAGUGUCAACUGUAUUUAGGUAGAAACUUUACAGUUAUCGGGACUGUUUCGUAUCUCUGACCUUGCUUCUUCUCUCUACUAUAUGUGGCAGGUUCUCCCUUGGUGCAUUUCCUCAGCACCUUACCCUUGCACAGAAACACCAGUAUUCAUGUGAUCAAUCACAUAUUACACUUCUGAAUGUCUAAAGUGCAAAGUACCAUGUUAGGUGCUAGAAAUGGUACCAAGGUGAAUGAGACAAAAGUAUAGCUCUAAAAGAUAUCAGUCUUUUUCUUUUGAGAGAGAAAACAGUAUGUGCAUAAAAUGGACUAAUUUUAAAUUUACAAUUUGAUGAAUUUUUACAUAUGUGAAUAAUCAUUUCUAGCUCCACAGAAGUUUCUUUCAUGCCCCUUACCAAUCUACCUACUUCUCAAAACCACUAUUUUGAUUUCUGUCAUCAGAACCUACUAUCUUAAUGUCAUAUUCCAUUGGUAGCUAGUUUCCCCACUCAAAACCUUAGUGAAUAAAAAUAGCUGGGUUGUCAGUUUCUAACCCAAUGCUUCAGAAAAACUAAUUGUAUUGUCCAUGUUAGGAGAGUCUUGGAAUUGGUGACCCAAGCUUCCUAGUAGCAUGAAAUAAUUUGUUCUGUCAUAAAUUGGGGUUUAAAACAUUACUAUGUGAUUUUAAACAGCAUAGAGAAAUAAAGUAAUUUUUAGAAUAUUUGGGUUUGAAUCUUCAUCUCUGCCACUUAGAAGUUAUUUAAUGUUCAGCAGAUCACACUUUCUAUGGGCUUGUCUCUUCAGAUAUAAAAUGCACUUAAUUCCCAGCCUACUUACCUCACAAAGUGUGUUGUAUUAAGGCAUAAGAGGAAACACUGUACAUUAUAUAGUGCUAGUCAAAUACUGUUAAUAAACCAACAUCUGCAUAUAUCCUGUGGCCCUGAGAACCUCUAAUCCAAAUAUCUUUCUACUUGACAGAGUGUCAAAAAUCACUAUGGAUUAUAUUCUUUAGUAAGAACCCUGAGAUGGCUUUCUCUUUAGAAUGGCUAGCCAUUGCCCAGAUCUGGAGGACCUUCAUCUGGCUGUCUUCUUUCCCAGACCAUUCCCUAUUGUAUAGUGAAGAUAAGGUCAGUUAAUCAUUUCCAGUUCUGAAAUUCUUGACUCUUAAUUUCUUUGCUGAAGUUCACUAUGAAUUGGGAGUUUCAUGACUAUCUUCAUAAAAAGGAGUCUUAUAGCCAAUGAAGUGGCCACUGAAAAUUUUCUGAUUUGUUUCUGGAGAUUGAAUAUGAGAGGGGCAAAAAUAGGAUGCUUUUUGCAUCACAAAUAAUAGAAAAUUCCAUGCUAUUUAAUGUCAUAAGCUCAGGAGUGGGUAGCGAAUCAGAGAGAAAUGUGAGUUGUCUGUAUCAGUUUUAUGCCUUUGUCCAAGAUUUAGUCAAAUUAAUAUUUUAACUAAUACAUCUUAGCCAAAUUAACAUCAGUGGAUAAAAUCAAAUCUCAAAAGUGGUCAUAUCUGUAAGUUUUUUUUUUCAUGUAUACAAAAGUGUAGACCCCCAAAACCAUUUUGUCCCUACUACCCUCACUAAUAAAACAAGUAUUUAAUUUUUAUUUUUUUAUGGCCAUACCCAUAGCAUUUGGAAAUUCUCCAGGCCAGGGAUUGAAUCUGAGCCAUAGCUGCAAUAUAGGUCAUAGCUAUGGCAACACUGGAUCUUUUAACCCAACGCACAAGGCUGGGGAUCAAACCUACACCUCUGCAAUGACCCCAGCCACUGUGGUCAGAUUCUUAACCCACUGCACCACAGCAGAACUCCAAAACUAUAAUUUUUAAUUUCUUCUAAAUAUUUUUUUCUACUCUAAAUGUAUAUGGCUUUAGAAAAAACUACUACCUGCUAAUAUUACCUUUUAAAGGGAGUAGCAUUUAUCAUAUUCUAAUACACUUAUCUUUUACUUCUACAAUUUCAGUUUACUAUUGGACUUUGAAAAAUUUAAAGAAUCACCAGAAAUUCAUUAAACACCUAUGUGUGAACAGUAAUGCACAGUAAUUGGUUCUGAAUGUUGGUGCUUCAAUAAAGCAAGUUUUCAGGCAUAUCAGCAGAUAAAUAUUUUUGUUAAAAGUAUAAACAUUCAUCUUGCUUAUUUUUCUUAAACUUUAAUCACAGUUUAGUCAAACAUUACAAAUGUCAAAUGUUUCUAGUCAAAACAUUACAGCUUUGCAUAAAAUGUAGUAAAAAAUAAGUUGGACUGCUUGGGGAUCCAUUUGUGGAAUUCAGACUCAGGGGACUUCAUUGAUAAUACACUUGAUUUUAUUGGAUAAUCAGCUGAAAAUGGUGGUCACCGGUGAACAAUUCAGGUAGCUUUAAUAUGAAAUGUAAAGGAAGACAAUGUUUUGAGGGUAAAGGGCGUUCUUAAAUGCCCAUGGUUUAGACCAUAUGUAUCCUUUUGGGGAUGACUUCUAUUUUAUUUAUUUUUUGUCUUUUGUCUUUUUAGGACCACACCCAUGGCACAUGGAGGUUCCCAGGCUAGGGGUCCAAUUGAAGCUGUAGCUGCUGGCCUAUGCCACAGCCAUGGCAAUGCCGGAUCCAGGCCACAUCUGUGACCUACACCACAGCUCACGGCAGUGCCAGAUCCUUAACCCGUUGAGCGAGGCCAGGGAUUGAACCCACAACCCAUGGUUCCCAGUAGGAUUCGUUUCUGCUGCGCCACGACGGGAACUCCAGGAUGACUUCUGUUUUAAAAGAAUGUACUUAAAAAUACCGUUGACUACAGUAAAACCAGAUCCCUGCAGAAUGGCACUAUUCUAUUUUUUAAACUGUUUUGAGUAUUUUUAUAUACUUCUUAGUGACUGUAAUGAAUUUGGAGGCACUGAAAAAAAAUGAUUUUUUAAAAGAUCUUAGGUACUGUUCAGUUAUUUAAUGUUAAGUGUGGUAUCAAGAUGCAGUCAUUUUUAGAGCUUCUGUGGAUGAGCGGAGCUGUCCAUGGCCAUGUCUGUGGUAUCCACAGUGGCAGUGAGAGUGACUGUCCCUUCCCACCCUCUCGGCUCCACUCGCUGUAUGCCUUCUGCUUGUACCUACCUCUCUGCAGCUCCAUGCACCACAGCUGGACAUCACACCUCAGCAGGAGACAUGUGUGAGGCAAGAUGGUGGAGUAGAAGGACUUUCUCACUUCCUCUCAUGAAAACACCAAAGUCACAACUAACUACUGAGCAACCAUCAACAGAAAAGACUGGAAACUACCAAAAAAAGAUAUUCUACACCCAAAGACAAGAAGCCACAAUGAGUCAGUAGGAGGGACACUUUAAUGAUAUAAGCAAAGCCCAUACCUGCUGGGUGGGUGAUCAAGAAACUGGAAAAUAACUAUAUUGCAGACUUCCCCCCAGGAAUGAGAGUUCUGAGCUCCACAUUAGGUUCCCCAGCUUGGGAGUCUGACAUUGGGAAGAGGAGUCCCCACAGGCAUUUGGCAUUGAAGGCUAGUGGGGCUUGAGUGCAGGAGCUCCACAGGACUGGAGAAACAGACUCCACUCUUAGAGGGAGCACACAAGGUCUCAUGUGCAUUAGCUCCCAGGACAUAGCAGGGAUUCCAUAAGGACCUCCCCAGACCUUGGAGGGUCUUCUGCGGAGGUAAGAGUUGGCUGUGGCUCACUAUGAGGGCAGGACACUGGAGACAGAGGCUCCAUGGACUAAUCAUCAGCUUGAGCUUCCCUAGAGGCUGCCAUUUUGGAAAGAUCUGGCCCCACCCAUCAGCCUCGAGGCUCCAGUGCUGAGAAACCCCAGGCUGAGGAACCAACAGGGUGGGAACACAGUCCCACUCACUAGCAGAAAGGCUGCCUAACGUUGCCCUCGGGGCACUAAGUCACCUCUACUCAGGCCCAACAUGGCCCUCCUACAAACCAGAGUGACAAGACCCAGUUCCACUCAGUGGGGAGGCACCAGUCCCUCCCACAAGGAAGACUGCAGAAGCUCAUGGAUCAGAUUUAUUCACCAGGGGGCAGACACCAGAAGAGGGGCUACAACCUCUGCAGCUUGCAGAAAGGAGACUGCUUUCUUGCUUUCUUUUUUAAGAAAGCUAGAUGAAAUGAAAUGGCAGAUGAAGGAACAUGACAAAUCCCCAGAAGAAAAACUAAGUGAAGUGGGCAACCUACAUGAAAAAGAGUCCAACAUAAUGAUUUUAAGGAUGAUCCAAGGUCUUGGGGGUGAGGGGAAUGGAGGCACAGAUGGAGAAAUUACAAGAAAUGUUUAACAAAGAAAUAUAAGACUUAAAAAAGAGACGAACAAUACAAUAACAAAUGAAAAAUACAUUAGAAGGAAUUAAUAGAAUAUAUGAAGCAGAAGAAUGAGUAAGUGAGAUGGAAGACUGACGCAGAACACAAUAAAGGAAAAAGAAUGAAAAGAAAUGAGAAUAAUCUAAGAGAACUCUGGGACAACAUUAAAAUGCACCAACAGGAGUUCCCGUCGUGGCUCAGUGGUUAAUGAAUCCGACUAGGAACCAUGACGUUGCGGGUUCAAUCCCUGGCCUUGCUCAGUGGGUUAAGGAUCUGGUGUUGAUGUGAGCUGCGGUGUAGGUUGCAGACGCAGCUUGGAUCCCGUAUUGCUGUGGCUGUGGCGUAGGCCAGUGGCUACAGCUCCGAUUUGACUCCUAGCCUGGGAGCGGCCCAAGAAAUGGCAAAAAGACAAAAAAAUAAAUAAAAUGCACCAACAUUCAUAUUAUAGGGGCUCCAGGAGAAGGGGUGUGUGGAGAAAGUACUUUAGGAGAUAAUAGCCAAAAACUUCCCUAACAUGGGAAGGGAAACACUCAAGUCUAGGAAACAGUCCCAUACAGGAUAAAUUCAAGGAGGAACACUCCAAGACACAUUAUUAAUCAAACUGAUCAAAAUUAAAGACAAAAUAUUAAAAGCUACUAGGGAAAAGCAACAAAUAAUAUACAAGGGCACCCCCAAAAGGUUAUCAGUUGAUAUUUCAGCAAAAACUCUGCAGGCCAGAACAGAGUGGCAUGAUGUAUUUAAAAUGGUAAAAAGGAAGAAACAUACACUCAAGAAUACUCUACCCAGCAAGGCUUCAUUCAGAUUUCACAGGGAAAUCAAGAUGCAAUCAUUUUUAAAAUGUCAAAAUGCCUUUUGUACAGAGUGUUUUAUUACCUUUGUAAUAUCUUGUGUACAGUGAUUUUUUUCUUGGUAAUAUAAUAAAUGGAAAAAAAUUCUAAAAUCCUUAGAAAAAAUUCUGUUGCUUUGACUUUAAAAUAUCAGCAAGAUUUUCUUUAUAUUCAUAGCACCCACCUUACAGAGAAAGGUAGUUUUUGUUGCUUAGAAACAUUAGACAUCUUUAUGGAAUGCUGUAGCUGAAUACUUGCAUAUGUAACUGUCCUUUAAAAUGCUAAUUUUGUAGAGUACUGAAAUGCCUUUUAUUUUUUAUUUUUAGUCUUUUUAGGGCCACACUUGCAGCAUAUGGAGGUUCCAGGCCAGGGGUCAAAUCAGAGCUGUAGCUGCUAACCUACACCACAGCCACAGCCGCACCAGAUCUGAGCUGCUUCUGUGACCUACACCACAGCUCAUGGCAAUGCCAGAUCCUUAAUCCACUGAACAAGGCAGGGAUCGAACCUGCAACCUCCUGGUUCCUAGUUGGAUUCGUUAACCACCGAGCCAUGACGGGAACUCCAUGAAAUGACUUUUAAAGAGUUUCAUUUUCUGCCUUCCUGCCUGUGUUUCUCCCUUCCUGAACAAUUCAGGACAAAAGUCAUUUGAUUAUUCUGAGCAAGAUACAGGUAGGUGUUACCUCAGGGGGUGAAGGUGGUAGCCCAGCGUAGAGUCUGAGAACAUUUGAGGAUGCUAAGGAAGGGAAUCUCAGUGAUCUGGAAUAAGGAUGCAGUGAUAGGAGAUUGGUUAUUUAUGAGAGAGAAGAUCUAUCAAGUAAAUAAUAUUAAGGCUAAUGGGAGUCAGAUUUCUCACUGUCAGGAAUUACAAAUAUGGAAAGGGAGAAACCUAGAAGAAGGUUGGAACUGGAAGUACCAGUAAAAACUCACAGUUUUCAAUAUAUAGGCAUGUGUGUGCAUGUGUCAUGACAGAGCUUGGGAGCAGCAAUGCCACAACAGCAAUGAGCACACCUAGUAUCCAGACCUUUUUCUAACCAUCACUUUCCAUGAAAAGGAACCAUUUCUUAGAGAAAUAGCCUAUUUCAGGGCUAGUGCAGAUGAAAUACAGUAUGAGCCUGCAUUAUCUUUGCAUUAAAGGUAAGAACAUGCUCCAAGAGUGAUGGGGAUAUGUCGAAGGGACAAUGCCAGAUCCUUAACCUAGUAGGCUACCAGGGAAUUCCACAAGACACUUGUUAAAGGGAAAAAGUAACUAUAAAAAGUGGAGGGACUUGGCACUCGCUAUACCCUUCGUUAAUUGAUCAAACCCCAAUCAUCAUAACUGCAGUAAUCAAAAUUGUGUACAUCUGCAAAGAUGCAAGAAGACAGUAACUCUUCUGUGGUAUUCUUGCUAGAAAGGUACAAUCUGAACCUAAUUAUAAAGAAACAUCAGGCAAAUCAAAAUGAGGCACAGUCUACAAAAUGACUGGCCUGAAAUCUUCAAAAACAUUACAUUAAUGAAAGUCAAAAUGUUUCAGGUUGGGGAAGAUUAGAGAGACACAAUUAAAUGCAAAGUAUCAUCCCUUGACUAUGAAGGACAUUGUUGCGACAACUGAUGAAAUUUGAGCGGGGUCUGUGGACUAUGUAAUAGCAAUGUUAGUGUUAAUUUCUUAACUUUGACAGUUAUUUUGCGGUGAAGCAGAAUAAUAUCCUGGAUUGUCAGAAUUUGCCCUUGUUUUCAGAAAUUACACACUAAUGUAUUUGGGAUGAUACAUUUCAGGGAAAAAUGUACUUUGUACUUUUCUUAUAAGUUUGAAGUUAUUUCAAACUGAAAAAUAUAAAAUAUAUUUUAUCUAUUAAUAAUAAAGGGUACCGCUUAAAAUCAA